AUGGCGCCCGCAGCCUGCAGCUCGGGACGGGGCUUCCUGGUGACAGGGCACAGGGGUCCCAGCUGUGGGUUCCUGUCCCCGGGCAGGCGGUGGUGUGAACGGACGGAGACCAUCCACGUGCAAGAGGAAGUGGCCCCUGGGCAGGAGGACGUGGUGCCCUGUACCAGCCUCUACCACUACAGCCGCCUGGGCUGGAGGCUGGACCUGCCCGGGAGUGGCCGGCGGGGGCUCACGGGGUCCCCGGGCCCCGGGCUCUGCGCCAUCUACAAGCCCCCCGAAACCCGGCCCGCCACAUGGAACCGGACGGUGAGGGUCUGCUGCCCGGGCUGGGGAGGCGCCCACUGCACCGACGCCCUGCCGGAAGCCAGGAACGACAGCCAGUGCUUCGCCACGCGGCAGUGCCGGGCCGCGGCAGGCCGGGCGCGCGCGCCCGCGGGGAGCCUGGAGGAGUGCUGCGCCCACGCGUGGGGGGGCAGCUGGUGGGACGGGGGUUCCGGGGCCUGCCUCCGCUGCUCCAGCCCGCACCUCCCAGGCAACGCUUCCUCCUCCGCGGCCCCGCCGGCCGUGGACCGGCUCUGGAGCCAGGGCCCGCGCCCCUCCGCCACCUGCGCCACCUGGUCCGGCUUCCACUACCGCACCUUCGACGGGCGUCACUACCACUUCCUGGGCAGCUGCACCUACCUGCUGGCGGGAGCCGUGGAUUCCUCCUGGGCGGUCUACCUCAGGCCGGGGCGCCAGUGCCCCCCGCCCGGGGCCUGUCAGCUGGUGCGGGUGAUGUUGGGUUCCGACGAGGUGCUGGUCCAGGCUGGAAAUGUCUCUGUGAACGGGCAGCUGGUACCCAGUGGGGAGCCCCGGCUGCUCCACGGGCUCAGCCUGCAGUGGCAGGGAGACUGGCUGGUGCUGUCCGGGGGUCUGGGGGUGGUGGUGCGUCUGGACAGGACCACGUCCAUCUCCAUCUCUGUGGACGAUGAACUCUCGGGACAGACGCAGGGCCUCUGCGGGCUCUACAAUGGCCGGCCUGAGGAUGACUUUUGGGAACCUGGUGGGGGCCUGGCCAUGCUAGCUGCCACCUUUGGGAAUUCCUGGAGGCUUCCCGACUCUGAGCCCGAGUGUGCGGACGCAGUGGAGGUGGCCCCGGGAUGCCAGGGCCCACGGGGGGGCACGGCGGCGGGCACGGACGCUGCCCGGCUGCAGGCUGAAGCCCGGGAGGUGUGCCACCGACUGCUGGAGGAGCCCUUCCGGCAGUGCCACGCGCAGCUCCCCCCGGCGGGGUACCACGACGCCUGCGUCUUCGCCUACUGCGCGGGCGCUGAGCGGGAGAGGCGGCGCUCGGCGGUGUGCGACACCUUCGCCAGCUACGCCCAGGCCUGCGCGGUGGACGCGCCCUGGAGGACGCCCGGCUUCUGCGAGCGCCCGUGCCCCGGAGGCCAGCGGUACUCGGACUGCGCCCCUCCCUGCCCCCCCAGCUGCGCCGCGGGGGGCCCGGGCGAGGAGGGCCUGUGCGGGGCGGCGUGCGUGAGCGGCUGCGUGUGCCCCGCCGGCCUCUUCUGGGAUGGCGCCCUCUGCGUGCCCGCCGCCCGCUGCCCCUGCUACCACCGGCGCCGGCGCUACGACCCCGGAGCCGUCGUGCGCCAGCGGUGCAACCCCUGCGUCUGCCGGGAUGGCCGCUGGCACUGCGCCCGGGCCCCGUGCCCCGCUGAGUGCGCCGUCGGGGCCGACGGCCAUUACCUCACCUUCGACGGACGGGGCUUCUCCUUCCGCGGCGGCCCGGGCUGCCGCUACAGCCUCGUCCAGGACGCUGUGAAGGGCCAGCUGCUGGUCGUGCUGGAGCACGGGGCCUGCGACUCCGGGAGCUGCCUGCACGCGCUGUCCGUCUUCCUGGGCGACACGCACGUCCAGCUCAGGGACUCGGGCGCCGUGCUGGUGGACGGGCAGGAUGUCGACGUGCCCUGGUCCGGUGCCGGGGGUCUCCGCGCCUCCCACGCCUCCUCCGCCUUCCUGCUGCUGCGCUGGCCCGGAGCUCAGGUUCUCUGGGGCGUGGCCAGCCCUGCCGCCUACAUCACCCUGGACCCCCGCCAUGCCCACCAGGUGCUGGGGCUGUGUGGCACCUUCACCCGGAGCCAGCAGGAUGACUUCCUGACGCCGGCCGGGGACGUGGAGACCAGCAUCCCCGCCUUUGCUAGCAAGUUCCGGGUGUCCGGGGACGGACGCUGCCCCUCCGAGGACGAGGACGGCGCCCCGCUGGCCCCCUGCGGCUCCCGCCCCCAGCACCUCGCCUUCGCGGAGGCGGCCUGCGCCGUCCUGCAGGGCCCGGCCUUCCAGGAGUGCCAGGGGCUGGUGGACAGGGAGCCGUUCCGGCUGCGCUGCCUGGCGGCCGUGUGCGGCUGCGGCCCCGGCCGGGACUGCCUGUGCGCCCUGCUCUCCGCCUACGCGCGCCAGUGCGCCCGGGAGGGCGCCCCGCUGCGCUGGAGGAGCCACGCCCUGUGCCCCGUCGUGUGUCCCGGUGGCCAGGAGUACCAGGAGUGCGGCCCCCCCUGCGGGCACCGCUGCGGGGAGCCGGACGACUGCGAGGAGCUGGGCGGCUGCGUGGCGGGCUGCCGCUGCCCCCCGGGGCUCCUGUGGGACCCCGAGGGCCAGUGCGUGCCCCCCAGCGUAUGCUCCUGCCAGCUCGGGGCCCAGCGCUACGCCGGCAGUGUCGCCGCGAAGGACUGCAACCGCUGCAUCUGCCGGGAGCGAGGCCUCUGGAACUGCACGGAUCGCCGCUGCCCCCCACGGCAGACCGUCUCCUGCCCCGGGGAGCUCAUCCACGUGCCCGGCGCCUGCCUCCUCACCUGUGACGGCCCCGGGCCCGACCCCGCCACCUGCGCGGCCGGCUGCGUGUGUCCCCCGGGCACCGUGUUCCUGGUCGAGCGCUGCGUGCCCCCCGACCUCUGCCCCUGCCGUCACGGUGGCCGCUGGUACCCGCCCAACGCCACCCUCCAGGAGGACUGCAACACUUGCGUGUGCCGGGGCCGGCGGUGGCACUGCACCGGCCGCCGCUGCAGCGGGCAGUGCCAGGCGUCGGGCGCCCCCCACUACGUGACGUUUGACGGGCUGGCCCUCACCUUCCCCGGGGCCUGCGAGUACCUGCUGGCGCGAGAGGCCGGCGGCCGCUUCAGCGUCUCCGCCCAGAACCUGCCCUGCGGGGCCGGCGGCCUCACCUGCACCAAGGCGCUGGCCGUCCGUCUGGAGCACACGGCCGUGCGUCUGCUCAGAGGCAGGGCGGUGAUGGUGAAUGGGGUGAACGUACGGCUCCCCAAAGUCUACACGGGCCCCGGGCUGAGCUUGCGCCGCGCCGGCCUCUUCCUGCUGCUGACCACGCGUCUGGGCCUCACGGUGCUCUGGGACGGAGGCACCCGGGUGCUGAUACGCCUGUCCCCCGACUUCCGUGGCCGCGUGGCCGGGCUGUGUGGAGACUUCGACGGCGACGCCGGCAACGACCUGCGGAGCCGCCAGGGCGUCCUGGAGCCCACGGCGGAGCUGGCCGCCCACUCCUGGCGCCUCAACCCCCUGUGCCCCGAGCCGGGGGACCCCCCGCACCCCUGCGUGGUGAACGGCCAGCGGGCGCCCUGGGCCCGGGCCCGCUGCGGGGUGCUGCUGCACCCCCUCUUCGCCCCGUGUCACGCGGAGGUGCCCCCGCAGCAGUACUACGAGUGGUGUGUGUACGACGCCUGCGGCUGCGACGGCGGCGGCGACUGCGAGUGCCUGUGCUCGGCCAUCGCCGCCUACGCGGACGCCUGCUCCCGCCGCGGGCACCGCGUGCGCUGGCGCGGCCAGGAGCUCUGCCCCCUGCAGUGUGAAGGGGGGCAGGUGUACGAGGCCUGCGGCCCCCCCUGCCCCCCGACCUGCGGCGACCCCCGCCCGGAGCCCGGGUGGCCCUGCCGUCCCGCGGCCUGCGUGGAGGGCUGCUUCUGUCCCGAGGGGACCCUGCUGCACGGGGGCGUCUGCGUGGAGCCCGCCGCCUGCCCCUGCGAGAGGGGGGGCCGCUUCUUCCCGCCGGGCACCGUGCUGCGCGGGGCCUGCGGGCGCUGCACGUGUCGGGAGAGCCGGUGGCGCUGCGAGGAGGAGGAGGAGGAGGAGGAGGACGGGGAGGAGGACGGGGAGGAGGACGGGGACGCCCCCUGCGGGGAGCCGGCCGGGCCCGGCUGCGCGGAGGAAGAGGCCCCCUGCCGGGAGAGCGGGCGCUGCGUACCCCGACAGUGGCUCUGCGACAACCAGGACGACUGCGGCGACGGCUCGGACGAGGAGGGUGAGCGCCGUUCCCGGGGGGCCCUCCGUGGUGGCGGGGGGCGGGGGGGCGGGCUCGGGGAGGGGAGGGAGGGGGGGUCCCCGGUUCUCCAGGGCUCCCGGGAGCCCCGUGCAGCCGCCCGUCCCCCUCCAGGCUGCGCCGCGCCGGGCUGCGGGGAGGGACGGGUGUCGUGCUCCGACGGCCGCUGCCUGCCCCUCCCGCUGCUGUGCGACGGCCACCCGGACUGCCCCGACGCCGCGGACGAGGAGUCCUGCCGGGGGCCGGUGGACUGCGGCCCCGGGCGGGCGUCCUGCGUGGACGGCCGCUGCGUGGGGGCCCCCCAGUUGUGCGACGGAGUUUGGGACUGCCCGGAUGGAGCGGAUGAGGGGCCUGGGCACUGCCGCCCGCCCUCCCUGCCCGCGCCUCCCGCGGACACCGUGCCCGGGCCCCCCGCCGGGUCUCUGGAGGGCACACCCGGUCCCUCGGGCAGCGCCGGCUCGGCGCCCCCCUGCGGCCCCUCGGAGUUCCGGUGCGGCAGCGGCGAGUGCGCCCCGCGGGGCUGGCGGUGCGACGGGGAGGACGACUGCGAGGACGGCAGCGACGAGCGGGGCUGCGGCGGGCCCUGCGCCCCGCCCCUCGUGCCCUGCGCCCCGCCCCUCGUGCCCUGCGCCCCGCCCCUCGUGCCCUGCGCCCCGCCCCUCGUGCCCUGCGCCCGCGGCCCCCGCUGCAUGGCCCCGGCCCAGCUGCGCGACGGCCUGGCGCAGUGCCCCGACGGCUGGGACGAGGACCCGGAGGCCUGCGCGGGGCUUCCCGCCCCCCGAGGCCCCGACGAGACGGGGACACCGUGUCCGGAGUACGCGUGCCCGGACGGCACCUGCAUCGGCUUCCAGCUGGUGUGCGACGGGCACCCCGACUGUGCGCGGGCCGGAGAGGCCGGGCCCUCCCCGGAGGAGCGGGGCUGCGGGGCCUGGGGCUCCUGGAGCCCCUGGGGUCCCUGUAGCCGCACCUGCGGGCCGGGGGCCCAGGCCCGGAGCCGCCCGUGCGCCCCGUCCCGCGUCUCGGCUCUGCAGCGCUGCCGGGGCCCCGCGCGCCAGGCUCGGGCCUGCUUCACCGAGGCCUGCCCGGUGGACGGCGAGUGGAGCCCCUGGUCUCCCUGGUCUCCGUGCUCGGCGGCGCGGUGUGGGGGCACCGUGACGCGGCACCGCCGGUGCCGGCCCCCCCAGAACGGGGGCCGCGCCUGCCACCUGCUGCCCGGGGGCGACCGCAGCUCCCGCCAGACCAAGCCCUGCACCCCCGAGGGCUGUCCUAACGCCACCUGCUCUGGGGAGCUGGUGCUCCGGCCCUGUGCCCCUUGCCCUUUGACCUGCGACGACGUCUCUGGCCAGGCCCCGUGCCCCCCGGACGGGCCCUGCAGCAGCCCAGGCUGCUGGUGCCCGGAAGGGCGCGUGCUGGGCGGUGACGGGCGCUGCGUGCGCCCCCACGAGUGCCCCUGCCUGGUGGAGGGGGCCCGCUACUGGCCCGGCCAGCCGAUCGCGUUGGACUGCCGGCUCUGCGUCUGCCAGAACGGGCAGCCACGACGCUGCCGGCCCAGCCCUGACUGUGCAGUGGACUGCGGCUGGUCCUCCUGGUCUCCCUGGGCCGAGUGCCUGGGCCCCUGCGGCAGCCAGAGCGUCCGCUGGUCCUUCCGGAGCCCCACCAACCCGCGCCCCUCCGCCCGAGGCCGGCAGUGCCGGGGCAUCCAGCGCAAAGCCCGCAGGUGCCAGACGGAGCCGUGCCCGGGCUGCGCGCGGCGGGGCCUGGCGUACCGCGCGGGGGAGCGCUGGCCCGAGGGCCCCUGCCACGCCUGCCAGUGUCUGCACGACGGCACCGCCAGCUGCUCCCCCUACUGCCCCCUGAGCAGCUGCCCCCAGGGCUGGAGCCUGGUGGAGGGGACGGGAGAAUCGUGUUGCUACUGUGCCCCGUCUGUGACCCCUCCGGCCCUGGCUGCCGCCCCCGGCUCGCAGAUCCAAGCCCCUCUGGCUACCUACGCACUGCCUCCGCCGGGAGCCCAGGUCCGUGCCCUGUUCCAGCCCCGCCCGGUCUCGUCUCUAUCCAGAUCCCUGCUAUUCGCCCCUGGGCCUGGCCUGGCUGCCCCCCUCGGCCGCCCCCCCGGGCGCCCCCACGGAGGGGCCCCCCUCGGCCACCCCACGGGCACCCCCAUGAAGGGGCCCCCCCCGCCGCGCUACCUGCAGCUGGACCUCCGGAGGCCCCGGAACCUGACGGGCCUCACGGUGCAGGGGGCGGGCUCCCCCCACCCCCACCCCGCCGGCCUCGCGCUCCAGUUCAGCAGCGAUGGGCGACACUGGCACAACUACCGCGACCUCCUGCCCGGCCUCGCGCCCUCACCCACGGCUCUCCCGGGGCGCCGGGGGGACGGGGCGUCCGGGGCGUCCGGGGCGUCCGGGGCGUGGCUGUUUGGCCGGAUGGUGCAGGUGCGGUUCGUCCGGGCGUGGCCACGGGCCGCCCAGCCCGGGGACACCCAGCGCGGCCCCCUCCCGCGGGUGGAGCUCCUGGGCUGCGAGCCAGCGCCUCCGUGUCCGGACGCCGGGCCCCUGUGCGCCAGCGGCGGGUGUGGCGGGACGGGCAGCCGGUGCGACGGCGUGGUGGGCUGCCCGGACGGCUCCGACACGCGGGGCUGUGGGCCACGGCCAACGGCCAGCGCCGGCAGAGUUCCUUCCACAGCCAUGACCACAGCCCUCUCCUCCAUCCCUCCUGGACAGCUUUUUCCUCAACCCAAGGAGCCAACAGCCCCGACCCCCACGUACCCUCCCGGGGCCGAGAACCUGCCACCCGGCAUGGCAGCCUCGCUGUCCCCGCACCCAGGAGGAACCGCUGCUGGUAAGCCCGUGCUCUGUCUGGGCGCGAAGGAGGGCGGCCUCGACGGCUCCGACGGGCGGCACUGCGGGCGUGCGGAGCCCUUCACGGUGCCCACCACAGCGUUGCCCGGGCUGUCGUCCUCGAGAGCCCUCUGCUCACCCAGCCAGCUGAGCUGCGGCAGCGGGGAGUGCCUGCCGCCGCGCGGCGCUGCGACCUGCGUCAGGACUGCCAGGAACGGCUCGGACGAGGCGGGCUGCGUGGACUGCGUGCUGGCGCCCUGGUCUGGCUGGAGCGGCUGCAGCCGCAGCUGCGCUGGCCUCGCCGUCGGACGUCGGGAGCUGCUGCGGCCUCCGCUGCCCGGGGGCGGCUGCCCGGGGGAGCGGCUCCGCAGCCCCUGCUUCCUGCAGGCCUGCCCAGUGGCGGGGGCGUGGGCCGACUGGGGGGCCUGGGGCCCCUGCAGCGUCUCCUGCGGGGGUGGCCACCAGCGUCGUCGGAGAAGCUGCGUGGACCCCCCGCCCAAGAACGGCGGACCCUGCCCCGGGGCCUCCCAAGAGAGGGCGCCCUGCGGCUUGCAGGCCCUGCCCGACUGCGGGCCGGGCCGCGUGCGCGUGACGGCCGAGCUGUGCCGCAAGGGGCUGGUGCCCCCCUGCCCGCCCUCCUGCCUGGACCCCGAGGACAGGACCUGCGGGGGACAUUGUGUGGAAGGCUGCCGCUCCCCGGGGCUCCUCCUGCAGGACGGGGGCUGCCUGCCCCCCUCCGCCUGCCCCUGCCUGGCGGGGGAGGAGCUGCGCCCCCCGGGCUCCGCCUUCCUCCUGGACAACUGCAGCCAGUGCACGUGUGAGAAGGGGGUGCUGCUCUGCCGGCCGGGGGGCUGCCCCCGGGCCUGCGGCUGGUCGGCCUGGUCUCCCUGGACCCCCUGCGAUCGCUCCUGUGGCGCGGGAGUGAAGACCAGGUUCAGGUCUCCCUCCAACCCUCCCGCGGCCUUUGGGGGGGCCCCCUGUGAGGGCGACCGGCAGGAACAACAGGCCUGCUACGCAGAGUGCGACGCAGAGGUGCUGGGCUGGACGCCCUGGACGUCUUGGUCUUCCUGCUCCCAGAGCUGCCUGGUCCCGGGGAGCCCAGGCCGGCGGCAGCGUCUCCGGCUCUGCCCUGGCUCCGUGGACACCGCCUGCCCGGAAGCCACCCAGGAGGAGCCCUGCAGCCCCCCUCCGUGCCCAGCGCCCGGCGGCUGGGGGCAGUGGGCUUCCUGGUCCGCCUGCUCCGCUCCCUGCAACGGAGGCGUCCAGACGCGGGGUCGCCGCUGCUCCGGCUCUGCCUCUGGGAAUUCCACGUGUCCGGGACCCCACAGCCAGACUCGAGACUGCCAUUCGCAGCCUUGCGCAGCCCAGUGCCCUGGAGACAUGGUGUUCCGUUCCGCAGAGCAGUGUCACCAGGAGGGGGGGCCGUGCCCUGGGCUGUGCCUGGCCCAGGACCCCGGGGUGGCAUGCACCGGCUCCUGCACCCCCGGCUGCGGCUGCCCGCCUGGCCUCUUCCUGCACAAUGCUAGCUGCCUGCCCCGUAGCCAGUGCCCCUGCCAGCUGCGCGGGCAGCUGUACGCGCCGGGAGCCGUGGCCCCGCUGGACUCCUGCAACAACUGCACCUGUGUCUCGGGCAAGAUGGUGUGCACCUCGGAGCUCUGCCCAGUGGCCUGCGGCUGGAGCCCCUGGACCCCGUGGAGUCUCUGCAGCCGCAGUUGCGACGUGGGCGUCCGGCGGCGUUUCCGAGCAGGCACCGCGCCCCCGGCUGCCUUUGGGGGUGCCGAGUGCCAGGGCCCUGACAUGGAGGCGGAGUUCUGCAGCCUGCAGCCGUGUCGAGGACCUGGAGGGGAGUGGGGUCCCUGGGCCCCGUGCUCCGUGCCUUGUGGAGGGGGCUACAGGAACCGCACGCGAGGUGGCGGCCCGCCCGGCCCCGUGGAGUUCUCCACGUGCAGCCCGCAGCCCUGUGCAGGGCCGGUGGCUGGCGUGUGUCCCAGAGGACAGCGGUGGCUGGACUGCGCCCGGGGCCCGGCCUCCUGUGCAGAGCUCAGCUCCCUCGGCGACAACCACCGGUCCUGCCACCCUGGCUGCUACUGCCCGUCGGGGGAGCUUCUGCUCAACAACGUGUGUGUGCCGGCCCAGGACUGCCCCUGUGCCCACGGGGGGCGCCUCCACCCCCCCGGCAGUGCCGUACGCCGUCCCUGUGAGACCUGCUCCUGCGUCUCUGGGCUCAUUGUCAACUGCAGCUCGUGGCCUUGUGCGGAGGGUCAGCCCGCGUGGUCACCCUGGACGCCAUGGAGCGUGUGCUCCGCUUCCUGCGGCCCCGCCCUCCGCCUCCGCCGCCGAUUUUGUGCCGAGACCCCCAGCGUGGCCCCCUCCGGCCCGGCGCUCCCGUCCCCGUCGGCCGUGCGCACCGAGGCCUGCCCAGGCCCAGAGGCCGAGGAGGAGCCUUGCCUCCUGCCAGGGUGCGACCGAGCAGGGGGCUGGGGCCUCUGGGGGCCCUGGUCCGGCUGCAGCCGGAGCUGCGGCGGCGGCCUGCGGAGCCGGAGCCGGGCUUGUGACCAGCCGCCGCCCCGGGGCCGAGGGGACUUCUGCGAGGGGCCCCAGGCCCAGGGGGAGGCCUGCCGGACGCCACCGUGCCCAGGGACCGACUGCUCGGCCAUCGAGGGAGCCGAGUUCAGCGCCUGCGGGCCGCCCUGCCCCCGGGCCUGCGAGGACCUCGUGCACUGCGUGUGGCGCUGCCAGCCGGGUUGCUACUGCCCCCCGGGCCUGGUGCUGAGCGCCGACGGGGCCCUGUGCGUGCGGCCGGCCCUCUGCGACUGCCUGGACCUGCUGACCGGCCGGCGGCACCGUCCCGGAGCCCAGCUGGCGAAGCCAGACGGCUGCAACCACUGCACCUGCUCGGAGGGGAAGCUGAACUGCACAGACCUGCCCUGCCCAGUGCCCGGAGGCUGGUGCCCCUGGUCGGCGUGGACCUCGUGCUCCCGGCCCUGCGUGGGCCAGACGCGGUCCCGCGCCAGGGCUUGCGGGUGCCCCGCCCCCCGGCACGGGGGCGCCCCGUGCCCCGGAGAGACGGCGGCCCAGCGUCAGAAGGAGGCCUGCCCCAGCCCUGACGCAUGCCCAGUGGACGGAGCCUGGAGCCCCUGGGGACCCUGGUCUCCCUGUGAUGGGUGCUUGGGGCAGUCCCGGAGGAGCAGGACAUGCAGUCGGCCUCCCCCGGCCGAAGGGGGCAGGCCGUGCCCCGGGGGCCACGCGCAGAGCCGCCCGUGUCUGGAGAAUGCCACCCACUGUACAGGCUGCGGGGGCGGCCAGGCUCUGCGGCCCUGCGCCCCGCCCUGCCCGCGCUCCUGCGGGGACCUGUCCCCCGGUGGCGGGUGCCAGCCCGGCUCCGGUCGCUGCCGGCCCAGCUGCGGGUGCCCCGCGGGUCAGCUCUCCCAGGACGGGCUCUGCGUGCCCCCGGCUCAGUGCCGCUGCCAGUUCCAGCCCGGAGCCGUGGGGAUCGCUCAGAACCGGAGCCGGUCGGCAGGGUCCCCGCUCAGCUCCUGGGAGAGCCUGGAACCUGGGGAGACGGUGACUGGGCCGUGUGACAACUGCACCUGCGUGGCAGGAACCUUGCGGUGCCACGAGGUACCCGGCUGCCCCGGGCCCGGUGCGUGGAGCUCCUGGGGUCCCUGGGCAGCCUGCAGCGUCUCCUGCGGGGGAGGGGAGCAGCCCCGCGCCCGGCGCUGCGCCAGGCCCCCCUGCCCGGGGCCGGCCCGCCAGAGCCGCCCCUGCCGCACGCGGGCCUGCCAAGGGGCGGGCUGUCCGGCUGGCCGCCUGCACCGCGCGUGCCGGCCCGGCGAGGGGUGCCCCUUCUCCUGCGCCCAUGUCACGGGGCGGCUGGCCUGCCUCCCCGACGGCUGCGAGGAGGGCUGCCGCUGCCCCGAGGGCACCUUCCAGCACCGCCAGGCCUGCGUCCAGGAGUGCCCCUGCGUGCUGACAGCGGCGCUGCUUCACCAGCUGGGGGCCGCCGGCACUGCCCUGGGCAGGUACCCGCCCUUCCUAGGAGAAGGGGACCGGCCCCUUGGGCCUGGAGAUGAGCUGGGCUCAGGCCAGACGCUUCAGAUAGGCUGCAGGAACUGCUCCUGCGCGCACGGACAGCUCUCCUGCUCCACGGACGGCUGCUCCGUGGCCGGGGGUGGCUUCGGUCCCUGGGGCCGGUGGGGCCCGUGCUCUCGCUCCUGCGGGGGGCUGGGCACCCGCCGCCGCCGCCGCCAUUGCGUGCACCCAACGCCCACCCCCGGUGGCCUGGCCUGCCACGGACCCCUCCAGGACUUGGAGUACUGCCCCAGCCCAGACUGCCCUGGGGCCGAAACCUCCACAGUGGAGCCAGUGACCCAUCUUCCAGGUAGCGGCUGGGGCCCGUGGUCCCCGUGGCACCCCUGCUCUCAGAGCUGCACCGACCCCGCCCGCCCCGCCUGGCGCCGCACCCGCCUCUGCCUGGCCAACUGCACCUCGGGGGGCCCCUCGGAGGCGCGCCCCUGCAACCUCCCCGCCUGCGCAGGGCCGCCCGGGUGUCCCGGCCCGGGCUGCGUGCCGGGGAACUGUUCCUGGACCCCGUGGGCCGCGUGGGAGCCGUGCUCGCGGAGCUGCGGGGUGGGCCUGCAGCGGCGCCUGCGGGCGUACCGUCCCCCCGGGCCCGGAGGACGGUGGUGCCCCGACAUCCUCACGGCGUACCGGGAGCGCCGCUUCUGCAACCUGCGCGCGUGCCCAGGGCCCGGGGGCUGGUCGCGCUGGAGUCCCUGGUCCUCGUGUGACCGCAGCUGCGGAGGAGGCCGGUCUUGGAGGAGCCGACGUUGUUCGAGUCCUCCGCCCAAGAACGGGGGCGCCCCCUGCGUUGGGGGGAGACAUCAGAUCCGGCUCUGUAACUCUAUGGCCUGUGAGGAGGGCUGCCCCGCGGGUAUGGAGCCGGUCACCUGCGCCAACCGCUGUCCUCGCCGCUGCUCAGACCUGCAGGAUGGAGCCGUGUGUGUUGGCGGCCAGCCCUGCCAGCCGGGAUGCCGCUGCCCCGAAGGGUCCCUGGAGCAAGACGGGAGCUGUGUGCCCGUUGGGCACUGCGAAUGCACUGAUGUCCAGGGCCAGAGCUGGGCCCCCGGGAGCCAGCACCAGGAUGGCUGCAACAACUGCUCCUGCCAGGCCGGACGGCUGUCCUGCACCGCGCGGCCCUGCCCGCCCCCUGCCUACUGCGCCUGGAGCCGCUGGUCCGCCUGGAGCCCCUGCAGCCAUUCCUGCGGGCCUGGCGGGCAGCAGAGCCGCUUCAGGUCCUCCACGUCAGGUUCGUGGGCCCCCGAGUGUCAGGACGAGCAGUCACAGAGCCAGCCCUGUCCCCAGCCCCCGUGUCCACCCUUGUGCCUGCACGACGCCCGGCCCCGCGUCCUGGGGGACCGCUGGCCGCAAGGAGAGUGUCAGCAGUGCUCCUGCACCCCCGAGGGCGUCAUCUGUGAAGACACCCAGUGUGCAGGGGCCUGGACCCCGUGGUCCCCGUGGUCCGACUGCCCCGUCUCCUGCGGAGGCGGAAGCCGAGUCCGCACGCGGGCCUGCGGGGAGCCGCCCUGCCGGGGCCCCGACGCCCAGACGCAGCGCUGCGGGCGGCAGCCGUGCCCGCAGCCGCAGGAGGCCUGCGCCUGGGGCCCCUGGGGCCCCUGCUCCCGCACCUGUGGCCCAGGCCUGGCCUCCCGCUCUGGGCGGUGCUCCUGCCCGCCGACGGAGGCCCACCCCGGCUGCAACGGCACCUUCCGGCGCCUGGACACCCGGGCCUGCUACCCGGGGCCCUGCCUGGAGCACUGCGUGUGGAGCGGCUGGAGCAGCUGGACCCGCUGCUCGUGCCAGGUGUCGGUGCAGCAGCGCUACCGGCACCAGCGAGCCGCGCCCGGCCCGGCCGGCCAGGGCGCCCCGUGCACGCGGCUGGACGGCCACUUCCGGCCCUGCGCCCUCGGCAACUGCUCGGAUGGCUGCGCACCUCCCUUUGAGUUCCAGGCCUGCGGCUCCCCCUGCGCCCGGCUCUGUGCCACGCACCUGAACGGCCAGCUGUGCCAGGACCUGCCACCCUGCCAGCCGGGCUGCUACUGCCCCAAGGGGCUGCUGGAGCAGGAUGGGGGCUGCAUUCUUCCGGAGCAGUGUAACUGUUCGCACCCCUCCGGAGCGGGGAAUGGGGUGACCCUGGCCCCCGGGGACCGCCUGCAGCUGGGCUGUAAGGAAUGCGAAUGCCGGCGCGGCGAGCUGCACUGUACCAGCCGGGGCUGUGAAGGUCUCCUGCCUCUGAGCGGCUGGUCCGAGUGGUCCCCCUGUGGGCCUUGUCUGCCCGGAAGCGCCCUGGCCUCGGUCUCCAGGACCACGCCGGGGGGUCCCUGGCCUCCGAACACAGCAGACUCCUCUGCGACCUCGACCCCCCCGCGGGCUUCGGAGCAGCGCCGACAUCGCCUCUGUCUGGACCCUGAGACGGGGAUGCCCUGGGCGGGGGACCCAAACCUGUGCACCGCGCCCCUCAGCCAGCGGCGCCUCUGCGCCGACCCUGAAGCCUGCCACGACUUGUGCCAGUGGAAUCCCUGGGGGCCCUGGAGCUCCUGCCAGGCGCCCUGCGGUGGCGGAUUCCGGCUGCGCUGGAGACAGGCAGGGGCCCCCCGUGGGGGAGGCUGCCAGGGGCCGUGGGGUCAGACCGAGAGCUGCAACACGGGGUCCUGCCCAGGGGAGACGUGUGAGACUCGGGGUACCGUGUCCACCCUCGACUGUGCCAACAAGUGCCCUCGCAGCUGCAUCGACCUCUGGGACCGGGUGCAGUGUCUGCAGGGAUCGUGCAGCCCAGGCUGCCGGUGCCCCCCCGGGCAGCUGGUACAGGAUGGGCGCUGCGUGCCCGUCUCCUCUUGCCGCUGCGGCCUCCCCGGCACCAACGCGUCCUGGGAGCUGGCUCCCGCCCAGGUGGUCCGGCUGGACUGCAGCAACUGCACCUGCGUCAACGGGUCCUUGGCGUGCCCGCCCCGGGGGUGUCCCGAGCUGGGGCCUUGGUCGGCCUGGAGCCCCUGCUCCGCGCCCUGCGGCGGGGGCACCGCGGAGCGCCGUCGGAGCUGCCGGGCCCGUCCCGCGGGGGCGCCGUGCCCGGCCCAGGUCACGGAGCAGCGCCGCGAGUGUAACCCGCAGCCCUGCCCCGCGUGUCCCCCGGGCCAGGCGCCCAGUGCCUGCGCCGCCGCGUGCCCGAGCCGCUGCGCACACCUGCAGCCAGGCACCGCCUGCGCCCGGGAGCCCUGCCGGCCCGGCUGCCGCUGCCCCGGGGGGCAGCUGCUGCUGCGCGGCGUCUGCGUGCCCCCCGAAGCCUGCCCCUGCACCCAGCUCUCCCUGCCCUGGGGCCUCGAGCUCCCCCCCGACGAGCAGGCCCGGGAGCGGCCGGCGGGCACGGUGCUCACCCGGAACUGCACGCGCUGCGUCUGCCGAGGUGGGGCCUUCGGCUGCUCCCCCACCGACUGUCGGGAGGAGCCGCCCGCCCCCUGCCAGCGCCUCACCGAGCUCCGCAACCUCACCAAGGGCCCCUGCCGCCUGGACCAGGUGGAAGUGAGCCACUGCCGUGGGCACUGCCCAUCCAGCACCGACGUGAUGCCCGAGGAGCCGUACCUACAGAGCCAGUGCGACUGCUGUAGCUACCGCCUGGACCCGGACAGCCCAGUGAGGAUCCUGAGCCUGCGCUGUCCCGGCGGCCGCACGGAGCCGGUGGUGCUGCCGGCCAUCCACAGCUGCGAGUGCAGCGCCUGCCAGGGAGGUGACUUCUCGAAGCACUGACGGGCUGUGCGCGUUGCACCCACCGC